AUUGAUAAGUCACUUACCCGCAUACAGCAGAAUAAAAACCAUGGCGAGUCUCAAGAGAUUGGCAACGCAGAAAUUUUCGAUGUAGCAAAGAAAGUCCCAUGUUGGUCCACAUACUGAACUGAAACAAAUUAAAUUCCAAUUUUCACAUUUCAUGUUUAAUUUAAUUUUGAAUUUAUUAAAAUGCAUUGAAGAGUAUGUAUUGUAUGGUGUUACCUACAAGACUUGCCGGAGAGGAACUCAACAGGGGAACUAAAAAGUUUGCCGACGCCGUUUCCAAUUCCCUGAGCAAAUGACUCAAUAACGUUGCCCAUAAAUUGAAGAUCAGUUGGCACAUCGCCUUCCUCGCAGGGAUGGGAAGAGAAGAAGGAGGACGAGAGCGCGGGAAGGUUGAGAAUUUCUUCUUAGGGACUCUCAUUUUGUGGGCCCUAUCCGUUUGUUUUCAGAUACUAUUCAAUAACCGCAGCCAGCUUCUCUACGUCGUUGCCGGCACUGUAUUCUACCAGGGCUGUAAUUCCCUCAUCCGAAUAUUCUUUUGCAAACAAACGCACAAAGACAGAGACGCUCUCUUCGUCAACACCUCCGUCUCCCUUCUCCAUUCUACCAUCACCUCCGCUUCAGUGGUGUUUAUUUUGCUCAGACAGGUGCUAAUUAACGGUCCGAGUGGAAUGUUCGAUCACUCGCAGUUGGUAGAACAUACAUGGCCAUGGGGAUUUGAAGCAUUGUGCUUUUCAUGUGGUUACUUUGCAUAUGAUCAAUGGGAUAUGCUUUGCUACCACUUGUACAAUGGUUGGAUCCCUUCCAUCCUUGUGCAUCAUCUGGUUCUCCUAAUUUGCUUCACUCUUGCUUUGUAUCGAAAUAUCACCAUCAACUACCUCAUUCUUACUUUAGUUUGCGAGCUGCAUUCAAUCUUUCUGCACGUGAGGAAAGUGAGACGGAUGUCCGGUGUACGCGAAGCAAAGGGCAGUUUUGUUAAGCUAGAAUGGUUUCUUAAUUGGUUGACAUUCUUUCUGGCAAGGACUAUACCUCACAUUCUCAUCACGGUCAAGCUCAUCCGGGAUGCUCACAAAUUUGGAAGGGGAAUGGAGCUACCACUGGCUCUGUUUGGCAUGGCUGGUAUGAAUGUGUUGAAUAUUGGUCUUGGCCUUGAUCUCAUUAAAGCUUUUAAUAGAGAGAGCAAGUCACACCAGACUAAGCAGCAUCACCAUAGUGAAUGAGAUAAUAGAAAUCAGCAUAAUACUUUGUUCUUAUUGAUUUCUUUGUAUUAGCAUACCCCUUUACUAAAAGUGUAAUGUAGUAUAUUCAUGGAGAUGAGGUAUAUUAGAUCUAGUGUCAUUUGUAAAGUACACAUUGAUUGUUUGUAAUCUCCGCUAUCCAAAUUGUUUUGGAAGAGAUAUCUAUAUUCUAGGAUAGACUUCUAGUCAUUUUAUAAUAAUAUUUAUACUUCAGGUUUCAAAAAGUUAUGAAAAU